AUGUUAUGGAAUGAGGAUGUGGCAUAUGCUAUGACUCCUGUCAAAUUAUUAACUGCACCUGUAGGCGGUUGGCCCUUGCAAGAAUACAAUAAAUUCGCUUUAGCGCGUUAUAUCAUAUCCAUCUGCAGCAUGAGUGUGGAGCUCAUUAUGUCAUACCUCGACAUUUAUUACGGUUGCAGUGAUAUAAUCAGAUGGAGGAAAGUUGCGCACUCAAUCUUCUUCUGCAAUUGGCAUUGCAUGUCGGUGAAAUUGAUGAAGAACAUUUUGUUCGUCAUUGCACAAUCGCAGCAACCCAUUCAGUUGACAGCUGGUAAAUUCCUCGUCGUUAACUUGCAAACUUACAUGUCAAUAUUGAAAACUUCCUUUUCAUACUUGUCUGUGUUACGUGUGACGCUGGAUACGUAA